ACUUGAAAUUUUUUGUAUUUUUUAUCAAAUAUGGGAGACCUUUAUAUGGACGAGUUCGGAGAAAAUUUCGGCAUUGACGAAUUUGCCGAAGAGGAGGAGGACUUUGGUGAUUUCGAGGAGUACGACCAACGCAGAGUUUCUGAUGUCGAUAUCAUCACUGACCCAGCUGAAUUUAAGACUCAGGUUGAUAGUGCCCAUAGGAUCACAAGUCCCUAUUUAACGAAAUAUGAAAAAGCUAGGAUAAUUGGUACUAGGGCGCUUCAAAUAAGUCUAAAUGCGCCAAUUACUAUACCCAUUGAUGGCCCUUCAGAAGCCACAGAUGAUGGGUUUACAACGCUAGGUGACUUUGGAGAUACACAGACAACAGCAAUUGACCCCUUAAUCAUUGCUGAAAAGGAACUAUAUCAAAAAACAGUUCCUUUUAUAGUAAGAAGAUACCUUCCAAACGGAAGCUAUGAGGACUGGAAAAUCGACGAACUAAUCAUUGACUAAUCCUAUAACUUUUAAUUUAUCCACAUCAUUCUUAUAGUGUUAGUAGAUUUAUCGGUGUUUUUAAUUCUAAAUUUAUAGUU